AUGAAACCAGCAAUUCUCCUGGCCUUGUUGGCCCCGGCCGCAGCUCUCACCGAAUCACAACAACAACCCGCGACUAGAUCUGCCGUUUCCUCCGAGUUCGCGCACAACUCGCCCACUGUCUCAUUAGCGGAAAUGGGUGUACGCGAUCGGGACCGCUUCGUUCCAGUUGCUGGUCUGGACUCGGUGUUUGUUGACGAGGCGGGAAAGCUGGCUACCAGACAUGUGCUCCAGGCGCGCAGUGAAGGUUCCCUGGGUCAGACGCCGUGGAUUGGUAUGGCUAUUGGCUUGACCUUUACUGCGCUGGCGGCUGUCAUGCUGGGGUGA